AUGCAUAGUCUCACAAAACUAGCACUCACAGCCUUACUCCUCACUUCACCAGCAACAUGCAAUUCAAACCCCAAACCACCAGGCAAAGACUCCAUCCUACUAUCAAACGUGCAAACUCUAACACUCCGCGCCCACCGCAUGACAAGCGCACGCCGCGUCUCACCAAUCCCCCAACUCAGCUGUGCAGGCCCAUCAAAAGAAAUAUGCAACCUCUACCAACCAGACGUAAUGCGCUGCACAAACCAAGGCUAUGACUACGACGUCGAAGACGUACAGUGGACAUGCACCGCAGACCUGCCAGCGGAGUUUAAGCUCGGCGCAACAGAUGUCAUCUGCGAGGGGUACCGGAAUGCUGAUGAUAAGUGGGUAUUGAAGGGGAGUUGUGGGGCUGAGUACCGGCUGCUUUUGACCGAGGCUGGGGAGAAGAGGUUUGGGAAGAAAGGCGGUGAUACAGAGUGGGAUUGGAAGGGGAAGGACCGGCCCGAGACUGGGGUUCAGAAGAUGAUGGCUGUGAUUGGGAACUUGAUUUUCUUUGGGUUCAUCAUUGCUGUUUUUGCUUUGAUCUUCUGGCCUCUCUUGGCGCAAUGUUUCGGCUGGGGGAAUCGUCGAGCCAGGCCGGACCGGGACGGGUGGGGAGGUGGUGGAGGUGGUGGUGGAGGAGGAGGAGGUGGUGAUGGAAAUGAUCCUCCGCCUCCAUACAGCAGUUUCGAUCCCUCUAAAUCUGCUGGUAGGCAGCAGGGCUGGACGCCCGGAUUCUGGACUGGUGCGGCAAGCGGUGCGGCAGGCGGUGCUGCGGCUGGUUAUCACAUGGGGAGACGGUCUAGUAAUGAAUCGCGCGGCACAAUGCCAAGGGGCAGGUCUGGUCGAUAUGACCCAGGUGAAGGCAGCUCGAGCUCGCCGCCGCAGUUUUCGUCUACGGCUGCUAGUACUGGGUUCGGCUCCACGAGACGUAGGUGA